AUGGACCCCACGUCUGAUCCACUCGAUGUAGCCGUUGCUCUUGCCCAAGCCAUGGGUCCCACUGACACCAGUGGUAGUGGUGGUGGAGACACCACUAUGCCUGCUAGUGACCCUACGACUCCCAACAAAGAUAAGCUAUUAGGUGGGCUCAUGUCACCACAAGAUGCUCUCUUGUCGGCAAGCAAUCAUCAUCUAAACGUGCCCAUGUUCACAACCACCACUUGUAAUGAUACAUCACCGCCACAACAACCACAACAACCACAACAACAAUCCGAGUUGGUGGAUCCGCUGGAUACAAAUUCAUGCUUGUCGCUUUUGCAAACAUCUGUCAAUCCACAAUCACAACCAAAUAUCAACAAUACAAGUGCAGGUAUUCCAUCCUCAUUUGGGUUAUCGUUUGACAAGGCUUGGCAAAUGCCAUUAGGGUGGCAACAAAGCAAUGCUGCUGCUGCUGCUACACCCAACCAUGGCAUCACUUCUGCUGGUAUCUUUUUCCCUCCUACACCACCUGUUGAAUCACCUGCUACGGGGAAUCAUCAUCAACAUUCAUCCUCAUUGGCGUUUACACAACAGCAACAGUUUCCUCCUCCAUGGCUUGGCAUGACACCCAGCAGUCAUCCUAAUGGUAUUCCCUCCACUCAUAAUAAUACUACUACGACCUUGGGUAAACAACAACAUCAAUCACCAUCCGAGAUGAAUCCUCUUGACAUGUCAAGUUUUUGGCCGUUUCCUCAUCCCACUGCUCCUCAACCCAACAUGAAUCGUUCAAAUCGACACAGCAUAGCCAUUGGAUCCAAUAUUGUUGAUAAUAGUAGUAAUGCUAUUACCAAACCAUCCACAGGACGUAGAAAAUCAACACCUGCAAGAACGUAUCGCCGACGUACAUCCUCUCAGCCAUCGGUGGCAUCGGUGGUUUCACUUUCUGCUCAUGAACCUGUGGCUCAUUCUAUCAAUGGUAUUGAACACAUUACAUUCUUGUACUCCCAUGAUCGGCUCGUCAAGGAAUAUACAGUGCGCACCGAUGCAGCAAAUUGUCCACUUGAAGACAUCCCACUAGAUUUCCGUAUGGUCAAUGCGAUUUAUCCACGAGCCAAUGUGGACAAGGAAGAAUAUGAUGGUAAUCGUUGGGAAUAUGAGACCAGCUGUAAUGAACUUGGGUGGAAAUUAUGUUGGCUGAAUCAAGAACAACUCUGUGGCCGAAGAGGUUUAAUUCAACGUGCGGUGGAUUCAUAUCGUAACCGCCACGCUCAUAUGCGAUCACGUCGUGUCACUCGGCAAGAAAAGGUGGCCAACGGUACAUUACGUCGUCGGCGUGCUAAACGAUGCUAG